AUGGACCAUCUUCUUCAUCUUGUGCACGUCAAGAUUCUUGCUGCGGACCUUCUCUCUUUAACCAUACAGCACACUUCGCCACCGGCGUUUCUCCGCUGUGGCCGUACGGUUGCUCGUGCGGAGCUUGUUGGAAUUGUUGUCUCGCGUGACCGCAGGGAGAAGUUCCUCAGCUUCGUGAUCGAUGAUGGCACUGGGUGUGUACCGUGCAUCCUGUGGUUAAACCACCAAUACUUGAAUGCUAGCACAUCCUCUGGGCCAUCAGAAUUUGAUCCUACUGCGGAGAUGGCGUUGAAAAUGUCAGAGGAGGUGCGUCUAGGCACUCUUUUGAGGGUCCGAGGAAAGAUUGCCACAUAUCGCGGUGCGAUCCAGAUUACUGUUAGAGAUGUGGUUGUGGAGAAGGACCCGAAUUCGGAGGUGUUACAUUGGUUACAAUGUGUCCGCUUGGCCAAGGAGUGCUAUGAUCUGCCACCACCUUCUGCUCAAGGUGGUCAGGUCUGGAAAUCCCUUGGACCAAACGAAGAAACUAAGGCUCCGAGCCAUGUCAUCGGAGUUGGAAUCUGUUUAAAUUCUAAAACAUCCUUGGCUUUUCAUCACACACAACUUAACAAGAGAUGUAAAGUAGCAUGGUAUUGUGAUGUCGUCCUUAAAGUGUCUGUCACUCAAUUUGAGUUUGAGCACUCAGUUCUUAUUUCUGUCAACUGCAAGAAGAAUCCUGCAUUGUUCAAAGUAUUUGCUACCUUCUCAUGGUCAUGGACAACUUUUGAUCCAGAAUGGACCCAUUGGGUUCAGAAAGUUGGCACCUUCUGA